AUGGCCACUUCUAAAAAAGAACUUGCUUUUGAUAAAGAAGCAAAUAAGAACUUAUCAAAGACUAAGGCAGAGUUAACUGGAAUUAACAAGAAUAAAGGAGAGGAAAUACGCUUGAGAAGGAAUUUAGAUGUUCUUGAAAAAGAAAAACGCGCCAAUUUUAGCAUUAGUAAAUCACAGGAACUAGCUAUGAAAACAAAAUUAGAAAAAUUUAAAAAAUUAAAAAACAAGAUAUCUAACAAGACUGCCUCUCCGGAAUCAGACAGUGAUGAGGAUAUCGAGAUGCUACCAAAUUAUGGUGAACGGAGAAGAUCAACUGUUUCCACAAGACCCAGUUCUGCAAUCUAUGGCAAUAACGUAAUUAUGCCUUCUACUAGUGCUGGACAAGUAAAGGACGCUAAAUAUGAUAUGUAUGGUAGAAGGAAUACUUGUACUUCAUUGGGCAUUAAACCCGACAAGCUCAAAGAAUUAGCUGGUAGAACUUCUGGUAGUUCUAGUAGAGAGCAAUCACCGAGUAGAUACAGACCGUCAUCUGGGUCUGGUAUGAAGAGAUCGGUAACUGAUACAAGGAUUGGUAAACUUGAUGAUUAA